CUCCCUCCAGGUUAGUGUUCAUUUGGCUCACACACAAGUACUGGCACACUGGCAACUCGCAGCAGCUGAGAACAGCUUUGCACGCUCGAAGCUGCUGCCUGCUUCCUUCAGCCUGACACGGGACUCUGGUGGUUGGAAGUUCAGUAUUUCUCUUUGGUUUUCCUAGAGCCGGCUAACAGCUAAAAGAACGACUACAGGGCGCUCCUACUGAGUUGCCGGCCGGCUUUUUGGAUCUGAUCACAACUGGACAGGCGGGCUGGGGCUAAACAGGAUUGUAAAGAGGAUCAGAGAGGCUGUGGUGUUGUCUGUGUAACUGACGACUGAGCUACUAAACUUGCCUUUUGGAUUUAAAAAAGAGAAAAAAGGAAAAGACUGACCCUGACCCGCAGUCUCACCCUUUUCUGGAUCACCGCUGAGUUAAUAGAGGUGGUCUGGACAAGGCUGGUGUGGAGAAUCUGACCCCAACUGACCCUGUCUCGCAAGUAGCCUUUCACUGAGCCCGGACUGGCAAAAGGGACAAAUAAAAGUGCAAGAGAGGUGUCGUGGAGGACAGACGAAAGGCAGAGGAGCAGCACAGCGACCGCUCGUGCAGAAUGCCAGUGGAGACCCUGCGGCCCUCAGAUGGCCGUCUGGCCGGGGUCCCCUUUACCUCUGCCAUGCCUUUCAGGAUACUCAACAAGGGUCCGGAUUAUUUCCGCCGACAGGCUGAGCCCGGGGCCCGCAAACUGAGCGCCGUGGAGCGCCUGGAGGCCGACAAGGCCAAGUAUGUUAAAAGCCAGCAGGUGGCACUCACCCGCCAGGCCCCCAUCCAGCCUCCAAUCAUUCGCAAGCCCCUCGUCCCUUCGGGGAUGAUGAUCAACACCCCUCCAGCCCGGAAAGUUAACCGAUCGCCGGCUGAGGGGGAGAACACUGCAGGCAGGCAGGGACCAGGAGACAGGAGACGACCUGCUCUAAACUUGGAUAUUCUAAAUAACCUAAUCAAUGACGUAUGUGAUGGACCAUCACAUGGUUCCCAGUCCUCUUCCUCCACCUCCCCUUCCUCGUCGUCUCCGUCAUCGGGAGCUAAGAGCAUUGGUAGCAGCCUUUCAGGAGAGCAGGAGAGGAGCAGCCGACUCUCCAACAACCUCAAACCUUUGAAUCAUGCCCUCGCCAACUCAUCGUCCACCUCCUCCUGCACCUCCUCUCCACUCAACAAUCAUCUUCGGACGGCAGCAGCAGAAGUGACUCGACGUCCGCCCCCUGUGCCAGCUCGAGCCCCCCGCUUUGGUGUUCCAGUUCCCUACAGCUCCCCUAACUCGGUGACAGUACGCAGGGUGGACGUUCGACCUCAGGCUGAGAUACGGAAGCCCCUGAGGGCUCAGCUGCAGCCACAGCUCAGGCCCAGACAGACACCCCAGGGCCAAGUCGCACACCCCCAAGUCCCACCCCCGUCACCCCCUCCCCUCUCUCAGAAUCAACCGCAACCCCUCCCUCAGUCAUCCCAAGCCAUCCCCACCCCUUCAGCCUACCUGCCACCCAGUCCAAUGCUAGUCCGAGCAGGCAUGAUCCCUCCAGCCUCACCCGCUUUCACCCGUAUCUCAAACGCCAGCUCCAAGGGGUCUGCCCGCAAGCACCCAUCCCUGCACCGCUCCAAGUCGGACCUGAGUGACCGCUACUCCCGCGCCACAGCUGACCUGGAGCGUUUCUUUAACUACUGCGGGCUAGACCCCGAGGAGGUGGAGGGAAUGGGCGGAGUGGAGCGCUUCACGAGGGCCAACUCAGACAUUGUGUCAGUCUCCAAGCUCCGGAGCGUCAGCACGCCCAGCUCGGAGUGUGGGGACGACCGGGUCAGGGAGGACGAGGACGACGAAGAUGACGGUCCGUCCAGGGCCAACGAACGGGUCCCGUAUGGCAUCUCUGUCAUCGAGAGGAACGCUCGAGUCAUCAAGUGGCUGUACGGCAUCCGACAGGCGAGAGAUUCUAACAACGCCGUCUCUAACGUAUAGACCGACAGGGACUCUGACUCCUGUUUGUUCAUCUUUUGCUGCCUUACGUUACAGAUACGGAUAAUCCUGCAGUUGAUGUGUUUCCUGUAAAGACUUUCUUUUUUUGUUCUCGGAAUUUCACAUCAGAUGUUUAGGACUGGGCUGCAAGUCAGGACUUGCACCGGAAGAUGCACCCCCCCCCCCCCCCCUCCCUUUUGUAGGUCUUGUGUAACAAUAUUGGUAUUGAAAGCAAUAAUAGACUGAGAAUGGUGAGGAUGAAGGCAGAGGAUGAUUGCGAUAGGGUCUCCUUAUGUAAAGGUACUCUGUGUGUGUGUGUGUGUGUGUGUGUGGCACAAAGGCAGACUGCCACUGAGCAAGCCAGGAAGAAAACCACAUUGAUACUGUGAAACUUUUUCACACAAAAAGCUUCUACGAUCAUAUUCCUGUUUUUUUUGGUUUGUUUGUUUUGUUUUGUUUUUUCAAAAACAUUUUAGGCUGUUGGACUGUUAUUAUACACGUUUGUGUCAGCAUGCGAGUGAAACUUUGUAUACAUUCUAUUUUAGGGUAUGUCAUCAAGCACACGUCUUCCUUGCACACAAGUUCACUGCACUGACUCACGUUCAGGUCAAUUACAGUUAGUGCUGUCUGUAUAUCGGAGUGCAACGUUGUCUAGUUGUGCGCAUCCGCAACACUUUCUCACAUCGUGGCUCACGCUGUGCUGGUGCAGCCCGAGAAAUCAGUUUGCUGUGUAUGUCCCUGCAAGGAUGAGAGCAAGUCAUAUGAUGAAGGAUGAGCUCACAUGUAGACGGUUCAAGUAAGUGUAGCAUGACAAAGAUAUUUAGCCUCCAGGGUGGGAAAAAAUUGGAGGGAAAAAUGAAAAGAUGGAUGAAAGGAAGACUGAAAAGAGAAUACUCAUGGAUCAAAAGAAACAAGAAAAGCUAUCUUUGCUGUAUGAAUAUGUCUGCAGCUCUGAAAGUGUCUCAGGAAGAUGGCAUACUAACAAAAUGGACCAAUAUUUAUUUGGAAAAUGUAAUUUAAUGUAUUUUUUAAUAUUGGGUGACUUUGUGUACAGAAUUCAAUCUCUGUUCUUAAGUGCAAUCUGAUGGUGUUUACUAGAAUCACAGUAUAUGUAGGAUGACAGUUAAAUCCAGGAAGGAGACACAUGCAAAGUGUGAAUGUUGCACCUGUCUCUCUGUGGGGAGCACAGAAAGUGAGACUGUUGUGUAUUUAUUCAACUUCCUGUUUGUCUGGGAACAAGAGGUCUGUCUCCUCCCUCACCCUGUGUGAGUUCUCCCGAGUUCUCCUCUGCAUCUACCGCCUUCGUAAGCUAUCCAGCAGUGUGAGUGGCGGUCACGUGUCCUCAGACGAGAGGGCCGGAGAACACAGGAGCUGUGACGGUGGUGAGCAAAGUGUGCUGUUGAAUCCAUCACUCAAUGCCCAAAGAGUCUUCAAGAGAUGAGAGAUGGAAAAUGCUUUACCAUGGUGUAUUCUGAGCAGUUAAUAAAAAAACUGAAAUGUUCAAUUA